UUUGCAGAACCCCUGAAGAAUAUGUCCUUUUUUCUCAGCAGGUUCAUUGACCAGGUCAUACCAACCAGAUGAAUCCAGCAAAUCAUUCCCAGGUGGCAGGAUUUGUUCUACUGGGGCUCUCUCAGGUUUGGGAGCUUCGGGUUUUUUUCUUCACUGUUUUCUCUGCUGUAUAUUUUAUGACUGUAACAGGAAACCUUCUUAUUGUGGUCAUAGUGACCUCUGACCCACAUCUGCACACAACCAUGUAUUUUCUCUUGGGCAACCUUUCUUUCCUGGACUUUUGCUACUCUUCCAUCACGGCACCUAGGAUGCUGGUUGACUUGCUCUCAGGCAACCCUACCAUUUCCUUUGGUGACUGCCUAACUCAACUCUUCUUUUUCCACUUCAUUGGAGGCAUCAAGAUAUUUCUGCUGACUGUCAUGGCAUAUGACCGGUACAUUGCCAUUUCCCAGCCCCUGCGCUACACACUCAUUAUGAAUCAGACUGUCUGUGCACUCCUCAUGGCAGCCUCCUGGGUGGGGGGCUUCAUCCACUCCAUAGUACAGGUUGCAUUGACCAUCCAGCUGCCAUUCUGUGGGCCUGACAAGCUGGACAACUUUUACUGUGAUGUGCCUCAGCUAAUCAAAUUGGCCUGCACAGACACCUUUGUCUUAGAGCUUCUAAUGGUGUCUAACAGUGGCCUGGUGACCCUGAUGUGUUUUCUGGUGCUUCUGGGAUCCUACACAGCACUGCUAGUCAUGCUCCAAAGCCACUCACGGGAGGGCCGCAGCAAGGCCCUGUCCACCUGUGCCUCUCACAUUUCUGUGGUGACCUUAAUCUUCGUACCUUGCAUUUACAUCUAUGCAAGGCCUUUUCAGACAUUCCCCAUGGACAAGGCAGUCUCUGUGCUAUACACAGUACUCACCCCCAUGCUGAAUCCUGCCAUCUAUACCCUGAGAAACAAGGAAGUGAUCAUGGCUGUGAAGAAGCUGUGGAGGAGGCAAAAGGAUCUUACUGGUUCCCUGUGCAGACCCUUAGAUUAGCAGAGGCAGUGACCUGAGAAUCUGAAAGACGCGUCAGGGUAUUAGCUUGCUUGAUAG